UUCGUAAGGGGGCUUUGGGAUUAGGGGUUAAGGUCCAUCGGGUGAGAAAGCUCGGGUUGUCCAGGGUGCGAAGCAUUACCUGAUCUGGUUAGGUUAGCAGACAAGCUAACGUCAGCGCAUUAGCAUAUGAGGGUUGACCUGGGGGGGGGGGCAUAGUGUUACGUUAGGUGGUCAGGGGUACAGGACUAACGUUAAGUGGUUUGAGCUUAGGGUCUAUAGGGCUAGGUGGUUAGUACACAGCGGUAACUCACGUUAACUGGUUUUGUUAGGUUAGCAGAGAAGCUAACUUGGGUCGCAUUAGCAUGUGCGUGGGUUAGGGUCGCACAUCAAAGACGUUUGCGUGAGUGAAACCGAGGAGCAGCUCCGUUGUCUUCACGUUCAAACACGAAUCCUUCUCUUGGCCAUAGACACGGAAUGGAUUAUAAAUCGAGUAACAAGGCAAACAAGAAACUUGUCCAAGCUCGUCUCCCAUUCAAGCGCAUGAACCCUGAACCUAAAGAGAACCAGCAGCCUAAACGCUCUUGUGCACACGCCUGCCCCAAAGCAGGAGUCGCAGACGGAGAUGAUGAGUCGGCUGCUCUCCCUGUUCAAAGUGGACCGCCUUUGGUCAACGGUCGUGGGCCCCUUGAUGGCUUCCUGUGCCGUAGCCGCUCUGCAGCCUCUAAUGAGAACGCCAUUAUAGAUUUGACCGAGGACAACACCUCAUCUCCUGUAAAGUGCCUCGGCCCUCCUGUUGCUGCUUCUCCCUGCCUUGAAGACAAGCAUCGGGGCAAAGACAAACCCACCUCCAAUGGAAAACCUGUUAACUUGGAUCACUCUCCUAAAACACACACUUUACACUGCACGGUAGACAGCGAGGAGGAGGAGGAGGAGGAAGAAGAAGAAGAAGAAGAAGAGGAGGAGGAGGAGGAGGAGGAAGAUGAGGAGGUGAUGGAAGAGGAUACUGCUAAUCUGACAGCAUUGAAUUCUCAGCUUGACUCAACUCAUGAUUGUGAAAGUGGGCCAGAGGAGCCGGACGUGUCAGAAAACCGGUCAAUGCUGUCGGCUUCAUCGAUCAGCUCCACAUCUGAAGGCUCACCAGAGAAGUCUCUGACUGAUGACCUCACAGCCACCAGUACACCUACACAGCCAAAUACGACGCCCAAGAUAUCAUCUGAUGUGAAGAACCCUAGAAGGCGCUCGUUGAAGAGUGAACAAGAGGAGAGAGUUCGUCUGCAACAGGAGAAAGAACGUCAGAAGGAAGAAGCUAAAGCUGCAAAGAUGAAAAUAAAGGAAGAGGCUCGACGGCUAAAAGAUGUGCAAGAAAAGGAAAAACGAGAGAAAAAAGAGCGAGAGAAGCGAGAGAAAAAGGAGAAAGAAGAGAAGGAAAAGGCAGACAAGUUGAAAGUGAAAGAGGAGUUGCGGAAAUCCAAGUUGGAGGCAAAGUUAGAAGAAAAACGUAAGAAAGAAGAAGAGAAGCAAAUGAAGGAAGAGGAGAAACGGUUGAAAGAAGAGAAAGAUCGCUUGAAAGCUGAGAAAGCAGAAAUUACACGUUUUCUUCAGAAACCCAAGAUCCAACAGGCUCCAAAGACCCUUGCAGCUGCGUGUGGGAAGUUUGCUCCGUUUGAGAUAAAAGAGCACAUGUCUCUCGCCCCACUCUGCCGGGUUCAUUGUGAGGACUCGGCUCUGGAUGAACUGGACCGGUGCUUGUUGAACCCUGCUGAGAACUUGAAUGGACUGAAAGAAUGGAUCGGUCCAAUACCCCGAAGCUCAGGACCCACCAAUCCAAGACCAAAAGACCCGCUGUGUAUGUGUACAACAGCAGAAGGACCCAAAGCAGAUGUUCCAGAUCGUAAGCGAUGUGGAGCCAUGAAGCUGCUGCAGUUUCAUGCAAACUACCGUCCAGCCUACUGGGGCACGUGGAGUAAGAAGAGUUCUCACAUCUCGCCUCGCUGCCCCUUCAAACAGGACAAGAAGCUGCUUGACUAUGAGGUGGACAGUGAUGAAGAAUGGGAGGAAGAGGAACCAGGAGAAUCCCUGUCACAUAGUGAAGGGGAAGACGAGGAGGAAGGAGGUGAAGAUGAUGACGAUGAUGACGGCUUCUUCGUCCCUCAUGGAUACCUUUCAGACGAUGAAGGGGCUCCAGAAGAAGAGGAGGGCGGUGACCUGGAGAAGCAGAAACUACGACAGAAAGUGAAAGCAAAGGAGUGGGACGAGCUGAUGUGCAACAAGAAGAGGAUGAAGGUGCUGGAGCCAGACGUGAGGGGCUGCGUCUGGGAGGGAGAAGGUCCUGCUCUGCAGCUCUUCCAGAUGUAUGCUCUGUGUCUGGUCCACUCUUUGCCCAAAGCAGAAACCAGCCCGAGUCCAGAGGCGUCCACACAGAAGCAUCAGAGGGAAGCACAACUGCUCACUCUGCUGCUUCCUCUGCUGCACGGAAACCCCAACAGCAGCAAAGUGAUCAUCACCGAGUUCCAGGAGUUCUGUCGUCAGCGGAGCUCUUCUUCUUCUUCUUCUUCUUCACCUUCUGAACUGUUGAGUCCUCAGAGCCGAGCAGAGAACAUCCCCACCAGAAUACAAGUGAAGCGUCUGAUCAAGAGCAACGCGGUGUAUGAGAAGCGCCCCACCUACCGGCGCUGCUGCUGGUACGUGCACGCUGAGGUUCUGGCUCGCUGUGACCAGGAAGCCCUUCCUGUUCCGUGCCAGUGGACCUACGUCACCACCGGAGCGCGAGAAGAGUCCCGCGAAGAACCGCAGGCCGCCACGGGCUCUCAGGGGAGCUCACCCACCCCCCCCCAGACGUCCUUGUCCUCCAACAAGAGGAAGAGCUCGGGCAGCAUGUCCAUCACCAAGUUCAUGAAGAGAUGCUCCGACCCAGAGCAGACGGAACCAAUGGAGGCCGACGGAUUCCAAGCCGACACCGAGGAAGACGACGAGGAAGACUGUGUGAUCAUCGGCCCUCACAGCGACUCCAACACAAAGACGUCCCCCGAAGACGGAGCCCGGCUGAUGGACGUCUCCUCUGAUGCUGCUUCGGCGCCGAGGGCCUGAGGGCGGGUCGGGUCAGCUGACUCCUCCCCCUCCUCGGAGCGUCCAUCCUGGUUCUGAACGUCUUCAAGCAGCUUACUUUGAACCAGUCGCCUCACAGCAGGUGACCUUUGCUCUGCAUCUAGUUCUUUUGUGUCUUUGUCUAAAUGGGUUUGCAGUCAUGUGACGUGUAGUGAAAUCAGGAAGGCGUGACGUGAGGAUUAAGGGACGUCUGGUUUUAAGUUGAUUGACCACAUGUCGGCCUCGUUGUGUCUCUGGAAUCAGCUUUGAUCAAAGGGAGAAAGAACCCAAUUGUCCAAAUAUUCAUGAGAAGAGGCCUUCAAGAGACAUUAUUUACAGUCGUUGAACUGUUGCUUUGUGACAGUUUUGGACGUCUUGUAUUCUAAAUGUGUACAUAUGUAGCAGAACGGGAGUCAGGUAAUGAGAGGCUGAAAGUUCAUCCGUACAUUUACAAAGGCUGAAUUUAUUCUGCUGUUUCUGACCCACUGGACUAGAUUUUAGAUCUCUGCUUGAAAAGUCACAUUGUUUUAUAAAUAUGUAUUUUUUCAAGAAUACUUGAACAGAAUAAAUUCAUUAAACAUGAAUAAAGUACUGCACUUUUAUAUUCCAAUCAUUCCUCGACCUUCCUUUAGGUUCCUUUUCGUAGCGUUAUGCUGAAGCUCAACUCAUCACCUCGUUACAAACUUCUCUUAAAGCCGCUGUAACGAGAUUCCGUUACGGGGCAAAAAAAGCAACGCCGUCACUCUGUAACUGAACACGUGACUCCACCCGGUGGUCUGGAGCCUUUUGGACCUUUUUAGAACCAUGAAGUGAAAUGAGUCCGACACAAGACGCUUGUUCCAGCCUUUAAACCAGAUUUAUUUGACUAAAUAUAGAAUAAUAACUUCUAUCCCACGGUAGAUAACA